CAACCUUUGACACCAGGUUUGUUUACAGUGCAUGCUGGGUAAAUGUCUGUGAUGGUAUAGCUGGUUGCUUUUAAGAGCUGAAUGAUCCUGCUGCAAGAGAGGGGAGCAUACACACACAGAUUAUGGCGGCAGCAGAAUCCAGCCCGUUGACCACUCACGUGCUGAACACUGGCGAUGGCAUCCCAGGUGCCAAGAUGGCUCUCAGUCUGCACCGAUUGGACUCCCAGUUGAUGAUAUGGACCAUGCUGAAUGUUGGGACAACAAAUGAAGAUGGCCGCUGCUCUGUACUCAUCAGCCGGGAAGCUUUCACACCCGGCAUGUACAAGCUGCGCUUUGAGACGGGAGCAUACUGGGAAAGCUUGGAUCAGACCUGCUUCUAUCCUUAUGUAGAGGUUGUGUUCACCAUCAGUGACCCAGACCAGAGGUUUCACCUCCCUCUCCUGAUGAGUCGCUUCUCUUACAGCACCUACAGAGGAAGCUGAGAUCUCUGGACCUGACCAGCUGGAACCACAGAUCGAGAGAGACUUUUCUGUUGUCUUUCGAGAGUUAUACCUGGACUUACACUACCGUUCAAUAGUUUGGGGUCACUUUGAAAUGUCCGUAUUUUUGAAAGAAAAGUAGUUUUUUUGUCUAAGAAGAUAACAUUCAAGUAAUCAGAAAUACAGUCUAGACAUUGUUAAUGUAGUAAAUGACUAUUCUAGCUGGAAAAGGCUGAUUUUUAAUGGAACAUCUACAUAGGAGUGCAGAGGCCCAUUUCCAGCAACCAUCACUCCUGUGUUGUAAUGAUACAUUGUGUUAGUUAAUGGUGGUGAAACGCUAAUUGAUGAUUAGGAAACCCUUGUGCAAUUAUUUUAACACUUGAAUAAAAGUGUGAGUUUUCAUGGAAAACGUGAAUUUGCAUGUGACCCCAAACUUUUGAACGAUAGAAUAUAAAAGAGGCGUUUCUCUUUCUGUCUUAGAUCCAGUUGUUGUUCUGUGUUACUGUUGCUGACUGCUGAGUUUCAAAUACGUGACUAUAGGAUACUGUGUUUUUAUAUUUAUGAAUAUACAGAUAAUCUGUCUCAUGUUUAUGUAUCAUCACUGCACUCUUGGAUUUAUAGGCUACAUCUAAGGAAUCAUUCUCACUGAGUCAAUCAUCAUCACUGACAUUUAAUCUUAAUAUCACUAUUUUAUGCUUCAUGUUAUUUCUCAUAAGACUAAACUGCAUGCUUACAUGAAAACCUCUUAAUUAUGUAUUUGUCGGUGUUGACAUUGUCAGUUUCAUAGAAUCUGCAUUCAGUGUCCUAAUCAAAUGGAAACAAAGCUGAAAGUUAAUUUCAGUUUUCCGUUUUGACUUAUUCAAUAGUUCAUCUUCAUAAUGCAGCAGUUUUACGUCACCUGUGCCGCAGGUAUGUCGACACACCAAACAUUUGCUGGAUUCAGCUUCUUUGCUGUAAGAAUUUGUGACUUUUGUUCUUCUUUGUCAACAAGCAAAAUGUCAGCAUGUCAGUGUUGUGUUAAAUAGCUAGCUUUCACUUUAUCUAAGGUGUAGUCGACUCAUUGUUAAUGUGAUUCACAGACAGAACGUUUUCAACGUUGAUCAAUGUAAUUUUGACAUCUAGAGUACUAAACGUCACGUGGAAAAACGCUCAGUCAUGUUUUGGUAAUCGUGAGGUUGAGUGAAGCGCUGUCUUCUCUCUCAGCCAAUCAGGAGAAGGUAUGCUGUGAGGACCCGUUGUUGGCCAUUAUGGCGCCUAAACGUAAUAAAGACAUAUUAAAAUUAAGAAA